CCCUUUGAGAAAAAUCGAUUUUCCGAGGAGCAAUUUUCCAAAUAAUUCUCUAUGAAAAUAUAAUUUUAUCCAAGUUUUAUUAAACACUUAAAGCAGUGAAAAAGAUUGAAUGUCGAUACAUUGAUGCAAGGUUCAAUCGGAUGUGGUCCAAAUCAAUUAACUUUGAGGUGAUAUUUAUUUGUUUCUUAUCGUUUAUGCCAUGGCCAAUACCACCAGGCUCAGUCACCAUUCAAUGUUCACGUCAAAAUUCACGAAUAGUUCGAAAGAUUGUUCAAUCAAAAUUAACUCCAAUUUUCCAAAAGUUCAAAGUUGAACUUCCAGUCGAAUGUCCAUUUCAUCCAAAUCGUGAUUUAUUCGCACCACAAGAGAACGCUAAAAUUCAAAAUCGUCCAACACAAUGGACAUGCGGAUUUUGUGGCAAGAAUUUCUACGAGGAAAAGUUUCUUGAUUUACAUUUUGAUAAUCGUCAUCGGGGGCGAGUGAAUCAAGCAGAGGAUGCGAUUUGCCUUGCUGAUUAUUGUGAUAUUAUGAGAUGUGAUGUGUUGGUCUCUAAAGAUUCGUCGUUAGGUAGCUUUAGUAAGACGCCAGUGUCAACUGACAUAGAGUUGUACAACGAAGCAACAGCACUUGCGGCAGCACGACGAGAAGUUAUCAAUUCGCAAAUGAAGACCAGUACAUUCAAUCUGCCACCAUCGUUAAGAGACAAACUCAAUGAAAUUCUUGCAGCGACGGGACAUAAAAUCGAAGCUCCAGUGCCGAAAGAGAAAAUCCAUAAACGAAAACGAAUUCUUUGCAAAGAAAAAUCGAAGAAAUCUGACACGCAACAGAAGCAAAACGAUUCAAAAAAAUCACAAGACGAUAAUGGAAAUGAAGACGAGAACAAAGAGAACAUUAAUGAGACGCAAUGUGAGUCGCUUGCAGAUAGAAGACAUCAUAGAUCUUCAGAGAUGCAAAGAAGAAAAGCAAAUUGCAAGACUGAAGACAUUCAAAAGCUUAAAGGAAGAUGUGAACGACUUAUCAGAUCAUGUAUCGCUGGUGCUUUAUUGAAACUUUCCAUUGAAGAAUUCAAAAACAUGGAAGAUGAAAUGAACAAAGCAAUUUGUUGGUAUUUGACUUGUGAUCGUUAUUGGGAAGAUUCUUCAGCUCAAAGACCUUUCCCAUGGGCAUUAGUGUUCAUUCUCGUGGUUGUUCUAUCCCUAGGAAUCAGCUUAUGUUAUUACAUCAUUUGGGUUCUAUUUGAUACUGAUGAAAGUUUAACGCCGUCGUAUAAUUUAUUAACAGCUCAUUCUAGUCAUCAUCAUCAACAACAACAGUUGAUGCAAAUGCAACUUCAGACAACGGCAAUAACGUCGUCAUCUUCAAUUCCAAUUGCCAUGGGCAGCAACAUGUUUCAAUCUGCAAAUAUGCACGCUGCUGGCCAUUCGGGGAUUGUUCAAUCGUUGUCACAUAGUCAGCCAUUGGAGCAAUUGGCAUACACGGAAGAAUUCUUCCCGCCAACUGCUGGCAUUGAUGAACAAUAUAUUUACGUGACAUACCCAACAGAGAUGAAGAAACGUCUCACAGACAGUUUUUACAAUCGAACGUCUAGAAUCUAGGGAUGUAGACAGAGGAAACGAGCAUAAAACAUAAAGAAUGGUGAAAAAUGAAAAUGGUUUUAAUUGGAAA